UAACUAUGCCGAAAGACUACGAAUUAAAGAAGCCCCCUGUCGAUAAAGAUGGCCUAAAGAAAGCUGUGGAAGAAGUUUUAUCAAGUCGUAUGACAGUUCUCCAUGCAAGCAAGUAUUUUGCCGUCAAAAAAUCAACUUUAUACAGUCGACUGAGAGGAAGGCUCGUCCAGAAGACUUUCCAUCCAUCAGACGCGGAGGAGCAUUACAUUGUUCUACUGUUGCAGUACUACAACGACCUUGGCUGUCACAUGGGACAGGAGCAAACCUUGGAUUUAAUUGAGGAGUAUGUUAAAAAUCACCGCCCACCCACACCUGUUAUAAAUCUGAGACCUGAUGAGGAGUGGUACCGUAGCUUCAGAGAACGAAACAAGGAAAAACUCACUUUCAGGACGACAGCGGACGGAAACAGAGAGUUCCAUCAGAUACUACAGGACGUAACACAUCUCAAGCGAGACGUGGCCAGUAUUUCAGAGGGAAUGAAAAACGACAACGGAUCUUAUGAAAAAGUCACGAUGACUUCACCUGAUCCAAUUGCAGAAGAUAACAAGAGACACAAAAGCCUGAUAUUUGAGGAGCAAACUUGUGUUGUCCCCUUCUUCAUAGACGAUCCAGAAACUAUGGUGGAUACCGAGAAUGUAAAAAGCAUUUCAGGAGAAAUGCUAAAUCAUUACAGCAUUAUGCUUCAAGACAACAAGGAAUUGCGGAAAGCAUCAGGAUAUAAUACAACCUAUUCGGACCUGUGUGCAGUGCUAUCUUCCGAAACAAGCGGUCCUCAGGAAAUUAUUACGGAACUAGAGACUUCAGAUGAUGUGGCGGAGUCAAAGUCAAGCCAAGAAAAGGAGAAACGAAAAGACAAUUUUGAGUGCACAUUUUGCGGAGAAGAGUUCGAUUUAGGCGACCUUUACCGCACACAUGUAAUAGAGGAGCAUUAUAACAAGAGCAUAGGGACAUUCUGGGAGCAGCGAUGUUUUCAAAGCAACAAUGGUUCAGGUUGAAGUGUAGAAUCAUAACCUGAUCAUAGACUGAUCAUAAACUGAUCAUGAAUUGAUUUAUUCAGAGUGGUUUCACAAAAUUGAAGUAUAUGCUCGCUUUGAAUGCGGGAUAUCCAUCCCAAUUCCCAGUAUGGAGUGGUUUCAAACUGGUAUGAUUGUAUAUGAAGAUUGAUGAGUGUUGAAACCAAAUUAUUUUUAAUGACGAUUAAUCAUUUCUGGUUUUUUAGUAAUAUUUAAAUGGAAAGUUUGUCA